GCAUGUUGAAAAUCACUAGCUUUGCGACAACUUACUGUUGAAACCAUACACUGUAGUUCUUGAUUUCGGCAUGUUUUGGAGCCUAGUUAGUGAAAAGAAAAGAAGUGUUGAAAUUAUUCGAAUACAAGGGCCCGUUAGUUACAAUGUAUGGUGAACAGUAUGUGCGCGCUGUGGACACAAAAGACUUGAAAAUGUGGAAGCUAAUAGUUACAUUUCUAGUCGUCGCUGCCUUUUUCCAUGGAAAUUCAGGAGCAAGUGAAGAUCACAUAUUGAGGGACCUUCUUCAGACUUAUCGGACUCGUCCAGUGAAGAACAAUUCUGAUACAGUCCAAGUUACCGUAGAUGUUGUCUUGCUGCACGUCAAUUCUCUUGAUGUUAACUCACAAGUCUUGUCAGUUAACGCGUAUCAUCGUAUGAGCUGGCGUGACCGGGAUCUGGUGUGGGAUCCUCAGUUCAGAGGAGGAGUGCGGAGGAUGCAUGUAAUGUCCUCACUUAUUUGGCUCCCAGACAUUGUGCUGCUGAAUCUACGCGGUGCCAGUAAGCUGCUGUUGGACCCGAGAGCAGUAGUAUCCCAUGACGGCACGGUGGUCUGGAUACCUGUAUACCAGCACAGCGCUCAUUGUAAUACUGAUCUUGGGCGUUACAGUCAGGAGUGCAACCUCAAAUUUGGAUCAUGGUCGUAUAAUCAGAAGGAAAUAAACCUUGCCUACGGGGCUCAGAAAAUGGAUCUAAGCAACUUGGAGCCAAAUCGGGACUGGGCUGUACAAUAUACUGCAGUGAAACGAAAUGCGAUUUCUUAUAGUUGUUGUCCUGGUGAGAUUUUCGUCGAUUUGACUUAUUCCUUGACAUUACGGAUGAAGAAAAACACCUCAUCAGCCCUGACAGCCAGUUCUGGAUUUACUGACAGACCUUUUGUAGUCAUAUUUGUAGUGUCUUUGAUUGUUGGUAUUAUGGUUUAACAAUUAUUCCCCCCCCCCCAUCAUUAAUUACGCUAACGAUUUCAAUCAGCCUAUUAUUAAAUUUCACUUUUUUAUUUAAAAAUUCAAAAUUUUGGAUUUUUCUAUCAGCAUCUCAUUACUGGACACGUGCACUUAUUUAAUUUUU